AUGAGGUUAGAGGCGCAUGUGCACAGCCAUGAGGUUGCUGUACAUGAGAUUGGACAUGUCCUUGGCCUCAGUCACAUGAAUGAGAUGACCUCUGUUAUGCAGCCAAACUAUAUCCCAGCAAACAGCAGGAUGGAACUGGACAGAGCUGAUCGUAGAGCGAUCCAGAGGAUCUACGGGCAGUGCACCGGGCGGUUCAGUACAGUCUUUGACUGGGUGCACCAGGACCGCAGCUCGCCCGGAACCUGGGUUUUCCAGACUUACUUCUUCCGGAGGAGCUGGUAUUGGAUGUAUGAAAACCGCAGUAACCGCACUCGUUAUCGAGACCCCCGAGUGUUGUCUCAUGGCUGGAGGGGCAUCCCGGACUCGGACAUUGAUGCCUAUGUACAUAUCUGGACACGUGACAUGGACCGCACUCUGUUCUUUAAAGGCACCCAGUACUGGCGCUAUGACAAUGAGAAUGACAGGGCCUUUGUACGGGACCCAGAGGGCUAUGUCUAUCCUCGCCUCAUCUCUGAAGGCUUUCCGGGCAUCAGUGGCCCCAUCGACACUGCCUUCUACGACCGCAAGGAGAGGAAUGUUUACUUCUUCCGAGGGAGGAAUAUCACGGCUUUCAGUGUCGACAACCAUAAGGUGGUCCCCGGGUACCCAAAAGCCAUCAUUGAUGUGUUCCCGGCUUACGCUGAUGGAGAUCAUCCUCAGAGUGAUCUGGAUGCUGUCUACUACUCCUUCACUCAUCAGAGCAUAUACUUCUUUAAGGACAUAUAUGUCUGGAGAAUGGUCGGAGGUCAGCAGGACAGUGUCCCCCAUAACGCCCUCCUUCCACGUGUCCCAAUCAGUGAACAGUGGUUCGAUAUCUGUGAUGUUCACCCAUCAAUGCUGAGCAUACCCAGAAGAUGACCCUCCUGUGGAAACAGACCAAGAAGAUUCUGGACCAGAACCAGCAUAAGAUCUAACAAUACUAUAACUUAUGAACUUGGUUAACAUUCUAGUCAUUCAUCAUCCAUACAACAGAUUGGCAGCAGACAUAACAAACCCAUCACUCAUGCAGUGGAGGACAGGAGGCUUAGUAAAUAUAACGAAUGGCAGGUGGCUUAGUGGACUCUUCACUCAUACAGUAAAGGACAGGAGACUGUGGAACCAUCAUGAUACAAUGAAAGGCAGGAGGUAUAGUGGACCCAUAUUCACACAAUGGAUUGCAAGAGAAUU